GAUAGAGCUGGACCUCAGACCCCAAGUCUGCAAUCCUGAUUCAGUCAUGUUUUCUCCACUCUGUGACUCCAGCUCUCUGACCUCAGUUCAGGUUGGUUCCAGGCGUGUCCAAGGCAUCAUCAUGGAAAACCCAAUGAAUAUAGGAACUGGGCUCAUAAAGCUCUUGCACAAGGCUAACAUAGACCCAAAACUAUACAGAGGGCCACUGAUUUUAAACACAAGUGAAUUCUACAUAAUUUUUGUCACAUAUUUUAUGGCAGGUGAUCACCACUCCUGACCUUGGCUCUUGUCCUGGCAACUGCUGAAUGGAAGAACUAUGUAUGCCCUGGACAGAUGCCUGCAUGACCUUAAAUGGUGCACAGGGUCAGACAAAGACCAUGGCCUCAGCAGGAGCUCCUUGGAAGGUUGACUGGGAGUCUGCUUGUAACCAGACCUGCAGGGGCUCAGGACGGUUGUUCAGCCUGGGUAGAGCAUAGACAUGCUGCUGGCAAGAAUGAGGAGUCUUCUUGGAAGAGAGAAUGAAGAAUAUACGGAGAACAGAGAGAGAUGGAAGGAGGCUGGCCUUGAGUCUCAGAGGAAAACAACCAAAAAGGGUUUCUGGGGAAGACACAAGGCUGCUAUGGAGCCCUCAUCCCACCCAACCCUCCUCACCAAGAAAGGGAUGAGGAAGGAGAUGCAGAGGCUGAACAUGGAGCUGCAGCUGGUGACAAGGGAGAGAAAUGAGCUGCGUGAUCAACUAUUCUUCAUCAGGAAAGGACCCGUGCACAAUAGGCCAAAUACUUGGUAUGAAGAUCUGAAGAUGGAGCAUGAGGAGGUCAUGACUGACCUACAGAGAUUGCAGAAUGAGAACACCGAGGCUUCAGAGAAGUUGGAUGAGCUUGCCAAUCUGACGGUUUUCUAUCGUGGUCUGCACAGCCAGGUCCUAAUGGAACACACUCAACUUAAGGCCAGGUAGCCAUGCUGAGGCAGGAGAACAAGAAUCAGACAGAGGAUUGGGUUCUGCUGAAGCACCACUUGGAGGCAUUGAAAUUGAUGUGUGAGGGCCAAGAGGAAGAGACCAGUGACCUCCAAAACCAGCAACAAGAGGAAUUUGAAAGAUUGGAGGGAAGCCUGCAGGUCCUGUGGAAGCAGAAGGAGAUGAUCACCCAGGAAAAGGACUUGGCAGAAAAGCUGUAGCAUCACUUUGAGGUCUCCCAAAUGAGGUAGGAACCCAGGCUGGGGGGAGCAGGUGGAGCCAAGUGGGUCCCUUAUACCUGGGAUCACUGUCAUUUAUGGGCUCCUGCUCACAUGCAUGGCUCCCAGCUACAAGCAGGGCAAAAACAGAGUAUUGUUCAGGUUGAGUGUACAAACAAUUCUGUCCAGGAAUCAAUAUGUUUAAUUCUCGGUGUGUCUGACGAAUUGUGUCCUUUCUCCCUUCUGAGUGCUCUGGUAUGGCCUGAGCAGGCUUUCCUUAUACUCACAGAGAUCUGCCUGCUUCUGCCUCCCCAUAAUGGAAUCCAAAGUUGUGAAUCACCAGGCCUUGCUGAAAUUACAUUUUCACUUG